AUGGGGGAUUUCAAGUAUAAUUCUCGCCCUCUCCCAAAUCGUCGAAAUUUAUGGUCACGUGACAAGACUCCCCCGCAACGAGCUCGGGAUGAAAGAGAGUUACUUAGUGCGCAUGCGUCCAAUAACUCCACAGAAUCUUCCGUCAAAAUGGCGUUAACUUGUAAAGUUCAGUAUUUAGAUGACACCGAUCCUUUCGCCAGCACAAAUUUUCCUGAACCCACAAGGCCUCCUACAUACACAUUCCAUCUGAAUAUACCACUUUUUCAGCAAAUCGGCGGACUCCAUCGGCUGUUGUCUGCUCCGCAUAGCGUACGCUAAAAGUUGUUUAUAUCUCUGUCCACUUUUCGUCUGAAUUUUUGUUUUGUUGUAACCGGUGGCUGUGUACCUUUGUUUUAAUUGACUGUGAUGAUUUGUUGCCAUAGAUCGACGAUGUGGCGCUGCAGCUGUCGCACAAUGGAUGUUAUUUGGAUUUGGAAAGCUCCCUGGAAGAGCAAGCCGAUUUAUUGGAAGGAUUUUUAGACAGGUAUGAGAUGAUUGUCACCUUCAAUGUUUACGAAGCCGUAAUUACAACUUAACUCUAUUUUUUAUUUGUACCAAUGAAGGUUCCCUUUUUUUUGUUAUCCUCUAAGUAAAAUGGGGCUUUUUAUCUCUCGUAGCCGUAAAAACACAAUUAUUCUACGGACGGCUCUGUCGGUUCGAGUGCACAACUGUAUAGGUGAGUGAAACUUCAUCUCUAACAUCUUAAGCCAUCUACCAUUUCACAGUUUGAGCUGUAGGAGCCCAUGCUUGAGUGAAAAUUGUGAUUUAUCAGGCACUCAUGACCAAAGGGAAGGUGAAAGAGUAAUUUAUAAUUUGAACAGCGUUCAGCUUAAAGCUGUCUGAUCCGCACGGAUUUUUCUCGCACACAGACAAAUACCUUGCCAACUGUUCUGAAAGCCAGAUAUUUGUUGUGUGUUAAGCCAUGUUUGGCUUAUAUGGGACACUUUGGCUGAGCAUUUCAAGUGGGUUGUUUUGGCUUAAAUACGAUAACAAUACGCUUGCUCUACAAGACGUAAUGUUACUAAUGGUUGCCUGCUUGCCGUUUGUAUAACAUGCUGGCAUCUCAAGUAGUCAGGUUAUGUUACUAUUUGCCAGCUCAUUUGGGUCAAUAAGUCAACAGUCGAGUUGCUAAAAUUUUGUGAUUUCCGUUGUUUUCUCUUAGGUUUGAAAUCAAACAAAGAAAGAAACCCAAAAAUUAUAUCUCUGUUUGUCGAACAACACUCCUCGAUCGUGCACGAAUCAAUUUUCGCUAAGCGCGUUACUGUUUUGUUGAACAAUUUGCAUAAAAAUAGGUUUGUAAUCUUGGUUUGGUUGAACGAUCAGUUUACUCGCGGGCUAUUUACUUUGCACAGUUUGUAUUACUCUGUGCGUGAGAUUUGACUGUUCGUGACUUCAGACCUGCCCUAAUAAGCUUUAGUGGAACACUUAAUCAUUUCAAAAUGAAACAGCAGCCAAAACUGUUCGAUGUGCAACGCACAUUUCGUACUGUUCAUUUUAGGUUCAUGCUGAUUUCCGUCAGUAAUAGCUCUGGAUUAAUUUCAUUUUAACAAGUUAAGUUCUUGGAAAAUCAUUGAAAGUUUUACUCAGCGCUAAUUUUUUUGAAGUGCUUCAAUUUUACUUUUUUCGUUUUGCUUCCUUUUCUGGUAAUCAUGGUAAACGAGCCAUUUUAGGGCUUUAGUUCAAACUUCCUUUGAUGGUUAGUCACCCGAAACAAGGCUGAUCAUAAAUAACUUCACUUCUUGUUGUUUUGAAGAAGACCAUGUGCUUGUUUAUCAUUUGUGAGUGUGUAAAAUUGACUGAUUUUCGUGUGUCGCUAAUUUUUUUUAAAAUUCAAUGAAUAACCAUGAGGGAACUUUCAACAGGCAGGAAACGUUUUAUUUUCAAAUCCUGUUACAUACUUAGUAUUUAUUCCUUAAUUUGCAAUCUUCGCUAUUCACAACUAGUAGGUGAUUUUCCAUCGUCUGUUGUUGAUAGUACUCUUCCCAAAAAUGGGCUAUUUAUCUCGCUAACAGACAUUGUAGAUUGACUUUUUUGUGUCAGUCAACUCCCCAAUGUGGUAUAGUUGGUUUGUUUAUCAAGGUGGUUAUGAAACAUUGACAACUUUAGGCAUUUAUUAGUUCAAUAAUUAAUGUUGCAUUUAAUUGCAAAUCUUCAAGACAGAGCAUUUUCAGUUUCCAACAAUAAGCUUUUUGAUAAAAGUAGUUCACUCAAACCCUUGCUCUCCUGGUUAACAGUUGAAAGUAGCUGGUGGGUUUUAUUGGCCAGAUAUUCCCCUGAUUGUUGUUGAAAAUUUGAGUUUGAUGAGAAUAGAUAUUUUGUAGUUUAUUUUCUUUAGGGAAAAUAAAAACAAAACUUGCUGUUUUGCAAACCAAGACAAUUAUUUUAUUCCUCCUCUAUUUUCUUUGCCUUAUUAUUGAAGAAUUGAAUUUCAUCAAGGCUGUUCAAGAUAGAGGAUUCUGGUAUUUCAAAAACACACUCCUUGAGGAUUAUAUUCUCAAAGUCACUAAUAAUAUAUUCAUUUCCCAGCAUUGAAAAUUUUUGCAAUGGUCAUUCUCUUGCCUUACUCUUUUAGGGACUAGUUGUCCAAAUUCCAUUUGUCACUAACUCUUUGGGCCUAUUUUUUGCUUGUGGUCUAACCCAAACCACAGUUUUAAGCUUUUAAGGGUUUUAUACUAGGCCUCAGACUUUCUCUAUAAGAGAGUUGAUUUGAUUGAAAUAAAUGCCCUUCCACUAUUGGCUUUCAGCCUUCUAGACACUCUUCACAAAAAAGAUGUUCAGAUGAAAAGUUUGCCCAAAUUGAUUUGCUGUUUCUGUAAGACUUGCCUUUUUUUUUUUUUUUUUUGUUUGUUAAAAUAUUUUUCCAGUUGAAUUGAUAUGUUAAAUUCAGCAUUAUUAUGGUGAAAAGGCUUCUAAAGAACACUGUAUGACAAAGAAUUGCCAGCUGAUCUUCAAAUGGCUAAUAACAUUUUAACUGUCACAAUCAUGUAAUGUCUAAAUUCUAAAAGAUGUCACGGUUUUUUUGCUCUGUAUUUUAGAGCUAAUACAAUUAUUCCUGCUCUUCACAUUGUCCAACCUACUAUUUGCAUAGAACUGGGGUUUCUUUGCAUGAGGUCACUCUGGGAUUUUAGCCUAGGAUAACAUGCUUUGCACAGUAUGAUGUAAUGUACAAAAACACAGGGUGGUAGAUCACUUUGAAAAGAAUAAUCCAAUACCACAGUGUAAUGCUUCUUAAGUCUUUUGAUAUAUUCUUUUGAGAGCAAUGCUUGCUGCCAGGAUUAGUGUUUUAUGGCUACUUGGUCAUAAAUACAUUGAUUGUGGAGCAAAGGUUUACUACUUUUGGAAUCAACCACAAGAAUAGAAAUUUAAAAGAGUUACAGCUUGACUUCCUUUAAGUUCAGCUAAUAUUGCAAAUUUUGUUCCUUAACAAAUUGUUUUUGCUAAUUAUAGGUAUUUUUCUUUGAUGAGUGUGAAUUCUUCUGUUCAGGUUUGCUUUUAAAUUAUUGGUUUUCUUUGUUUACAGCUAAACUACUUGCUGCAUCAGGAAGAGAGCUCAGGAGAGCUUUGUUUUCAUUGAAGCAAAUUUUUCAGGUAAUAAGAGAGGUGGAACAUUGUAAUAAUUAUCUUUUUUUUUUUUUUUGUAAUAGAUAAAUAACCUUUGCUUGGCCACAACUAGUGUUUUGAGCUCUAUUUUUCUAUAGCCUAUCAACAGCAUUAGAAAUAAGUUAUAUUCAAUGUUAAGUUCUAUGAAUUGUGCAUUAACAUUGUGUUUACUUGACAGGAUGAUAAAGAUUUAGUGCAUGAGUUUGUCAACUCUGAUGGAUUAAGUGCACUGAUAUCAGUUGGACAAGAUGCUGAUCAAAACUAUCAGAACUACAUCCUUAGAGGUUUGAACAAUUUUUAAGAAAAUCAAUUAAAAAUUUAUCUUGUAGCAAUCCUCUGAGAAUGUGCUGAUGAGACUGUUACAACAUGCAGACUAAAGAGAGCCUUCUUGAAAAAUGCGCAAUGAUAACUGGCAAUUUCAAAUGUUGUCAUUUAAAUGCAUACCUAUUGGUCCUAUUUAGUUUAGAUUAGGGUUGUGUAGCACUUGUCACUUUUAAGGCUAUAGGAGCUUAGAGAUUUGAAUACAGGGGAUUUUCACACUGGUGUUGCGACUUAACAUAGUGCAGGAAGUGAAGUUCAGGAAAAUAUUACAUUCCUUAUCAGUUUAUGGUAUGAUAAUUUGUAAUGCCAUAUACAUGUAGUUGAUUUUAUGGUCUAUAAUUCACUUUUCAAAGUAAUAUCAUGAAAUAUUGCACAAAUUUUUAAUGGUAAUUUUAUACUGGUUUUGAGUCAGCCAUACAGAUGAAUGAUUUUUAGCAUGAGUGUAUUACUCAUAAUAGUUAGUUUUAGUGAUGCAGUGUGAGAUAUUGCUUUGUUUCCUCUAUGUUGUAAGUCAAUGUGUAUUGUCUUCUGGAAGCAGCUCCCUAGUACCCUUGGGAGUUCAAGAUGGUUUUAAUUAGUAUUAACUUUGAUUACCUUUUUGUUGAUAGCAAUUGGUCAGAUAAUGUUGUAUGUGGAUGGAAUGAAUGGUGUUAUUAAUCACAGUGACACUAUACAAUGGCUUUACUCUCUCACUGCCUCUAGGGUAAGCUGUAUUAUUGGGUGUUAUUAAGAUAUUCAGAAAAAAGUGGGCAAUUGUGGUCUUGGUUAACAGAGGAAAUAAGUAACACUGCAAGGGAGAUUUGUUUUGCCAUGGCAAUGUUGAGGGCUAACCCCACAAGGUGAAAUGUAUUAGUAGAACUUACUGUUGACUUUUGAAAAGUUUUCCAUGAUACAACUUUAUUCAAAAGAUUGAAAUUGUAUAUUUAGCACAGUAAUUUUGGUUUUAUCAACUGAGUUGAUAUUGUAAAUUGGCCACUUUAAAGAGUCUCUAAGCUCUGACAAUUAAGGGCUAAUGCUCAAAACAUCAGCUUUGAAAGUUUUUAUGAUGGCCAAUUUACAUUAUCAACUCAGAUGAUAAAACAAAAAUUAUCUCCAGGUAUAUCCUUAUAUUCCCACACAGAUGUAGCACUAUAGUUGCUUAAUAAACUUACCCCCUUUACUCAUUUAUAUAUUUAGCAUACUUGUGUCUUUUUUGUUGUAGUUCCGUCUUGUGGGAAAAACUGCACUUAAACUUCUUCUUGUGUUUGUGGAGUAUACAGAAUCUAACUCAAGAGUGUUGUAUGAGGGGAUCCAAGCUGUAGAUAGCAAUCAAGGUAAAGAUUUGUGUAAACAUUUAACCCUUUAACUCCCAGAAGUGAUUAACAUGAAAAUUCUCCCCAAAAUAUCCAUACAUUAUUCAGUAAACAGGUGAUGAGAAUAAUCCAACUUAUCAGGUAGAAGCUGCCAUCUUGAUCUAGCACCAAGUUCUUGUAACUAAUUUACCAGGAAAUGUGUAGCAGCUAGAGGGGAGAAUUAACAAUCAGAUCAUGGUAGUUAAAGGGUUGAAAGGUACUGGUAUAAUGGUGUUCUGGAAAAAAAGACCUCUACGGUUCCCAAAGGUUUUAAAUUUGUCAGGAUUGUGAGUACAGAGUUCUUGCAAGCUAUCAGAAAAACUAGGGUACAUGCAUAAGUCUUCUGUAGACAAACUGUGGUUAUGUAAGGGAGUAGAGACUUUGUUAGAGUUCAAUGCUGCUUGCAUGUUACUGUUCUGUGUGAACAAUCUGUGAACUCCUGAAACUUUGUGUAGAAAUAUACAGUGAUUAAUUUACAAGACCACCGACAGCUGUUUAUAGGUUUACUUUAAAUUUGAAGUGAAAUGGUAUCUUUAAUUUUGGCAUUAAAUUUCAUUCUCUGAUCUCAAUAUCAAUAUCUCUUGUAUGUUUAUUCUUAAAAAUUUGCUGUUUUAUUUGGUAUAAUUUUUUUCUCAUUUCAUCACUUGUUAGCUUGAAAACUUCCUAGAAAGAGAUUCUUAUAUUAUAUAUCAGACCAUUAUCCUGGAAGUGAAUGGUUAAUUCACUUGAUUAUGAGAUUUUUGAUAGAAGCACAGGAUGUGCAGUGCAAUGCUGAGGAACCACCUCAAACAAGCUUUGUUUCUGGUCAAAUUGCCUCAGUUGCUUUCCCUCCCAGUGCAUUAUGGGAAAUACACUGAGCCUACUCCUGUUCAAGGGGAAAUGGUAACAUGAUUUGGCACUGUGUUAUUUGCAGUUACUGUCUGGUGGCAAAAUGUGGAAUUUUGUAUUCAUUGUCAGGCAUUUGAAUUGCAUGUUCCAGCAACUGAUACACUGCAAAAGAAGUCAUACCAUUGUUAGUAUUUUACAUGAUUAUAUUUUGCGCUCUGUGCAGUACCACCUAAAUGAAAUUUGUUAGUCUCAACUCAAAACUCAAUCCUUAACUGUCACAAGUUGCAAGAACUGAGGAGAGAAUUUCAAUUUUUUUUUUUUUUCAAGAAUCAAGAGUUAAGUUUUGAGGAAUGCAUCAGCACUCAAAUAAUAUUUGGAGGAAACAAUUCAAUCCUCUUAAAAAGAAUGAUCAUGCCAGUGAGAAUGUUUGACACAUUACUUCUUUUAUGUACAUAAGCCACUCAAAAUGCAAAUUACUGUUUUCAGUGAUUUGACUUAAGCCAGAUUUUCUCAAACAUCUCAAGCCUCUUUACUCAAAUUUUUGAAGCAUCAAGGAUUUGGAAUCAAUUUGUUAGGGGGACAGUCAUCUUAAAUUUGAGUCAUACUGUAUUAGCUCAGCUAAUGCUUCUGUAGAUAUGCUGUAUUUAUAUUUAGUCCACUAAUACAUAGUUGCCAUGGAAACAUUAAAGUUAAAUCUGCAAACUAUAUUUUGACUAAGUCACUUACCUUGACCCAGUUUCUUAGGGGUAUUUUACUGCGUGCACCAACAUCAACUGAUGUUCUGGUUAUCUUGCUCAAUCACCCUAAUGUAUAUUAAUCUGAGCAGCAGUUGUUUUCAAAGUGUUAACUCUAUGUUUUUACUUUUCAAAGGUGUCAGAGAAUGGGCUGAAAUCUUAGGAAUUAUGACAGAUAAAGAAACCCAAGGAGAUGAAGAGGUUCUAAUCUAUGCUAUGACACUCAUUAAUAAGGUAUUUAUUUAGAUGUGUAGCUAUACUUUUAAGUAGCUUUUGUAUUGUUCUUAUUAUGGACUGAAAAUCCCAAAACAGUUCACCUUGUAUGCUCAUGAAACUGCCAGCAGUCAGCUUCUUUUGCUAUGAGUAAAUGACUUGCAUUGAGGACGUUGAAAGGAGAUGCCCAGAGAAAAAAGACUUUGGGCUUUUAUCAAGGACUUGGGCAAGUUAAAGCCCUCUGGUUCUGUCUGUCCUUGCUCAUUACAUGGUAAAAUCAAACCUCAAAUUCAGAGGUUUUCAUUCUUGUUAAAAAUAAUUUUUAAAUCUUUCAGCAAGUUUUGAUUUGUAUGUAGGAUAUUUUUACCACAAAAAUUUCAGAAUAUGCCUCAUAGUUUUAGAUCUCACAACUAACAUACCCAGAAAGUUUAGGGUUUCGGAUUUCAGUCAAUUUCCAGUUGUUAGUGAAGUUGAUAUUACUGUAAAUGAUAAGCUGAAAUAUGCAGCUAUUUGAUAAAUAACAUUUUGCUUCUUUAGUACAGAGAUAGACUCUAUAUGUUACUGCCAUCUGUUCAAUAAUAGAUCACAAAAGAUUUUAAAAAUCUAGUACGAUCAUCAGCGCCUUGUGUACCACUUUACCAUUCUCAUUACAUUUUGACAUCAUCUGUGAUCUUUUAUUAAACAAAUGUAAGGUAACAUGAAAUCUGUUUGUUAAAUACACUAUACUGUAGAUAUUUCAUAAGUUUUACUGAGUCUUAUAUGGAGAUUUAUCCAGUGAAUGAACUACUUUGCAGCUCUUUCCUUAUUUAUCCAGUGAAUGAACUACUUUGCAGCUCUCUCCUUCAUUAGAAUACUCUCCUGUUAGACUUAAAUUGCCAAAAAGUAUAUGAGAAGCUGAAUUAUACAUGCCUUUUGAUUGAGUUUUGUGAUGAUCCAUUGGUGGACAGACACAUGGAUGACAUCACUAUUAAUAACAUUUUGCUCUUUUAUUAAAUAAAACAAAUACCUAGUGCACCACUUUUUUGUUCUAACCACAUUUUGACAUCCUCUGUGAUCUGUUGCUAACCCAUGGCAACAUGAAGUGAACAUUAUGCAUGAACUGUAGGGUUGCAGCUGUCUUAUGUUUUUUGAUCUGGUGAUGUUUUUCAAGGUUUUGUAUGCAACACCAACUCAAGAUGGGUUUUAUGAUAUAACUGAUGCACUAGAAGAACAAGGAAUGGAACAGAUAAUAAAGGUAAAACCCAUUCAUAUACAAAUGUUUAUUUCAACUUUAAGCAUAUUGGGGAUGCUUCUUGGAGCAGUGAGCAGGGGGGUGUAUAUUUUUUUCCAAAUUAUGACAUCAUGAUGUUUUGGACCAAAGCAUUUGAUGUGUACAUUAAAAAUAAAUUUAAAGAUACUGAUAUGAUCCCUAGAUAGUGUAAAACUUUAAGCAAGAGAGUGGCAAUUAGAGAACAAUUGUAAGAACAGAUUUGGCAUGUGGAGAAACUAUGAAAAUACCCUAAACUGGAAACUGUAAGGUGCAAGGUAGGAAAAAAGGCAUUCCUUUCUUUGUAAUGUUGUAUUAUAAGCAAACACCAGUCUUUUGUUAUCUCAGUACUUUUCCUUAACCUUAAUUUUCUAAGGGCAGCUUUUCUCAGGGGUGUUUUUUUUUCCUCUUAACCUUUUAGCUCCUAAGAGUGCCUAGCAUCUUAUUUUCUCCUCACUAUAUCACCCCUGAAUCAUUCAUGAAAGUCAUGAGGAUAGAGGAGAUGAUCACCUACCAAAGCAGCUCUUGAUUGCUAUACAAAUUCUCCUUGUCAGCCUCUUUGGAAAUGUAAGGAGAACAGUAUGGAGAAUAUGCAUACUGAUGUUAGGAUGUGAAGGGUGAACUCUCAGAUUUAAGGUUCUUUGAGUAUUUGGCCAUCAGGAUUAAAUUCAUGUUCCUAUGAUAAUGUAUGUAGCGGUUCUUUUACAAGAAAAUUACUUUCAUGCUGAUGUGAAUUCCUGUGUACUAUUUUCUGUUAGAUGCAUCAAAAACGCAAUGGAACAAAUAUUGACUUGAUGGAACAGUUUAAUAUUUAUGAGGUAAAUAAGUUUCAAUUGAUUUUACUCCUGCAAAACAUGUUUUAAUCAUUAUUUCCUAACAUUUACCUACUAACAAGACACAUAAUGUUUUUCUUGCUCUGUGGAUAUACACUUGUGCACUGACUGCGAUUUUUUCUGUUUCUGUAAUUGGAAAUUUUAUUCUAGCUUAGCAGCCAUGUGUCCUGUGUAAGUAAAGCGAUCUCAGAAUCUUUUCCAAUCAAUUUUAGACGGCACUCAGAAUUGAGGAUGGUGAUGAGGAAUUCCCAGCGUUUGGAACUUCUCCAUCAAUAAGGUAGGACAGGUGUUUUAAUCUUACUAAUACCCCAUUCACACCAGCAAAACAUGUUUUGUUAAACUGGUUUUCAUUGAAUGAAAAUUAUAAACAGAGCACUGAAAAACUUGAUUUUCCAUUGGAUUCAAGUACUUGCUAACUUGCAUUUCCAAUGUGCUACAUUCAAGUAAAAAAUAUUCGGUUAAAUAGUUUCUAAAAAGAAAAAAAAAAUUAAACUGUGUUUAACAAAACAACUUUUAAACAUGUUUAAGCUUUGGUGUGAAUGCGGCAUAAGUUUUCUUGGUUUGUAAAAGUUAUUCUAAACUGAGUCGCUGAUGCAGUUGAACUGUGUAAUUUAGUAUUAUCAACUUAGUUGAUAACGUAAAUUGGCCACCGUGAAGAGUAUCAAAGCUGACGUUUGAGCGUUUGCCCUUCGUCAAAAUGCUGUAAUGGGAAGCCCCUUCGCUCCGACGAAGGGCUAACGCUCGAAAAGUCAGCUUAGAUACUCUUUACGGUGGCCAAUUUACGUUUCAACUCAGUUGAUAAUACUAAAUUACCCUGUCAUACUCUCCCACCGACGCAGUACCACAGUUUCUUUAGAAUUUUACCUUCUGAACUAUGUAACUGUCUGCUUCAUUGCACGAGGCGAGGGUUUUUUUGUAUUCGUCCGUUUCAUGCAUGGAAAUUUUCUCUCUGUAGACAAAGAAAAAGGACGACAUCGUAUGCUACAGGUAUGGCGUAAUAUCGUCCAUGUUUUAAGUGGAGCAAAUUGUUCUUGUGAUAUUCAUUUUGGUCAAUGAGGGUUGAAUGUACCAGUGAGUGUUGAUUAAGUCGAUGUUUUAAACUUUUUAGGUGACAGAAGACGGAGUCGACGACAUAAUUCAGUCAGCCAAAUUGACGUAUCAUCCAUCACAAAGGACAACCUCCUUGUCCCUCCAAGAGCCAAAAUCAGGGAGGGCUCAAUGCAUAAGGUGGCCAGUGCUCCUAAUGUGGGUACCGCUGUGAAAGUGGAGCCCCCUACUUUGCCUGUUAAGACUUCAGCAAGCACAACACCAUCAUCGUCAACAGAGUCAGAAUUGGACGAGAAAACUAAAAAUCGUUUAGAAAGAAAGUACGUUAAACACAAAUCGUUGGCAAUCAGCCUAAGAAAUAUAGGUUGUUCUUAAUGCGACUAGCACCAGACUUUCAAAAUUUCAGAAUUCCAAAAAUGCAUCCCGUACUAAGUGAGAGUCGGUGAUGGAGAUGAUGGAAAGAAAUUUUGGAAGUAAAGAUCCUAGUACCAGAAUCAAAUUAAUGUGGGUAUAGUUUAGAACUAGUUUUUACUCCUUUUCCUGUACUUCUGGUGGAGUAAUAUUGCUAUGUUUUCCAACAAGAAAGGAAAAUUUAUGGCAAGCGCUCCAUGCUGAAUAUCUGCGUGGCACAGAUUAAUUGUAACUCCCACUGAGGUUGCAAUCAACCCGUUAUUAUGGUGUGAUAUUACCCCUGACCCUCUAUACAUAGGGUGAAAUAAGAACUGAAGAAAAAUUGAGUAAUGGUCGUGGAAUAUACGUUCAUAAACCGUUAAGAUGAUUUCUACAAAACUAGUUUUAACUCAAAGAAAAUUAUUUGUCCAAACGGACCUGUUAAGCGGCAUUACUCUAGUAUGCCAUCCAAUAAUGGAUUUUGUUGAACAAAGUAGAAUGUGGUGAAUUGAACAGCCCGUUAUUCUUUUUCUCUUUAUUUUGUUGGAAAAGACUUUGUUAAUCUAUUUAGAGUUUGCUUUACUUGAUUGGUGUUGUCUUGUAGGCAGCGCCGCGCCGCUAGACGGGCUGCCUUGGGGAUAGCUGAACCAGAACCAGAGACGUCCAUAUCUAGUAGGAAUGACAGAGGCAGACAGCGAUCUGACAGCAAGAACAGCGCAAAUGACAGGAAUCAUUUGGAGGUGUCUUCACCACCUAGCGACAGACCACGGUCACCUCGUUCAUCUCCUCGAUCAUCACCACGCCCUUCCCCCAGAAACUCCCCAACGCUUAGCCGGAGAAGAUUCAAGUUUGAGGAGCCACAAAUAGAAGGUAAAUGUGUGUUUAAUGGAGAUCGUUGAAUUUUUUAAAGUGUAAAGCACGAAAAAGUCACCUUUAGUUAACCUGUUGCAAUUAUGGUUGUUCUAAACGACUGUGAAUAUACGAAAGUCAUAUAUUUAAACUGCGGAUAAAGACGUGAAUAUGAAAGCGAUCUUCGCAGUUAUGAACACUACUUGAGCAGCAAUGAAAAUAAGGCCUAAAAAAAAUUCAGGGCUGUACGGGAUUUGACCCCUUAACCUUUGUGAUACCGGUGCAGUGCUCUGCCAAGUCUAUCAAUUGCACCAUCUCUAUCCACGACUUUUUGUUGCAAAGAAAAAGAAGUAAGGAGAGCGAGAAUUUUAUUUUGAACAGUGUUGAUAUGGUAAGCUGAUCUGUUAAUAGUCAAGUGACUGUUGUCACUUGAAAUGCUAUGGGUGUUUUCAUUCAAAUCACAUCGCAUGUACUAUUUUUACUUUUUUAAUUGCCGUCGCAGUUGCCAGCGUUGCUUUAGGUUGAGCACGAAAGAUUCCCCUCUUAAAAAAUUAAUCAAAAUUUUGUGCGAUCAUUAGGAAAGAAAAAUUUAAAUCUUAAGGCUACUUUAACGAUUUUUUAAAUUUUAUUCGUUUAUUUUUGCUUCUUAGAGAAACCAAGUUAUAAAUCAAUGGGGCAUCGAGAAGAAACUCUGCGGGCGCAUGAAGAUCUCGGAAGGCAACCAAAGGCUGAGGCGUCAAGUCACAGGAAAGAUUUCUCGGAGCACAAAGAGGAAAAAUCUCCGUAUAGAAAGGACUUAAACGUUUCGGUAGUGAGUAAGAAAAAGACUCCUGAUGUAAAGAGAGACAGCAGUAUGGAAUCUUUGACGAACAACGUAGAUAAUAAUGGAUCUUCGGAUCAAAGAACUAGUGAUGAAAGUGAGGACACUGACGAUAAACUUGGUUCUAGUACGGACGAUUUGCUUAACAAUAAUGAACAUACAGAAACUGUAACGUCUUCGGAAGAUCAUAUCAACAGACGAACUAGCACAAGUAGUUCUACAAAUGACGGUAGGCGGCCCAGUGUUGUAGAUCCGGAGAAGCGAUCGAGUGUUUGUGAAGGAUUUCCAGGAUUCCCCAACAAGAAGAUGAUGUUAUCAAUGUUAUACGGACAAAAGUCCAUUGAUGAUGCCGAUAGGAAAAGCAUGGAUGGUACUUUAUCUCCAGGAGGGGAUUCAGUUCAGGAAAGGAAACAGCAGCUGAUGUCGUCCGGAGGCAACGAUGAAGCCGGGCAGAGGCCAACAGAGUUACUUGCAGUUGAUAAUUUAGUAAAUGAGGCUGUGAAGAGAUUGAGUGGUUGUAUUGAGGUUGACGAGGAAAAUGAGACACCCUCUAGUCCUCCGGAGGGCAACUUUGAAGGACUCGUGGAGAAAGCAAAGUCUGGGCUUACAAAACAGCCAACUGUUGACAAACCUGAUCCGGCUGCGGAGGAAGAGGCUAGAAAACAGGAAGAACUACGGAAGAAACAAGAGGAAGAGCGAAAAAGACAGGAGGAAGAAGCUGCUAGGAAAGCCGCUGAAGAAGCCGCUAUACAAAAGGAACUGGAAUGGGAGAAAAUGAUCAUACUAAAAAGGAAACUCAUUGUAAACGAAUUCAACUUCACUGAAUUAGAGAAUGAUGAAGAUGAACUUCUGGACAGUACGUCUUCCCAAGCAGAUGAAACAGAUGCCCAUCCUCAUCGAGGAGUUCCCAUGUUUGGGAUUCCUGUUCCCCCACCCCCUUUCCCUGGUGGCCCCCCGCCCCCUCCACCACCUCCCGGUGGUGCUGCUCCCCCUCCACCUCCCCCGGGACUACCCAAGGCACCCGUUGUGAAUGAUGCUAAUCCGAAGAAAAAAUUGGUUCGUUUAUUUUGGCAAGAGGUUAAGAAUUCACCCCUUAUAAACGGUGUAAACAAGACAAUUUGGGGAAGUAUUGAUUCUGUGGAUGUUGAUACCAAAAAACUGGAACACUUGUUUGAGAACAAAACGACUGCUAAAGUAAAGGUGAGGAACUGUCAUAACUAUUACAAUAUUCGAAAGUAAGUUUUGUUUACUUCGUUCUCCCACUAGCGUAGAUUUCCUCUUAAUAAAUAAUUACCCGCAAAAAAAAAGUCUGGUAGGACCCCUUUACUUUGACCACUAAUUGGCCUGGAAAAUUGGGUGGCUAUUAAGGGUGGUCGAAUAAACGAGCGUGUGAAACGAAGAGGUGAUCGUAUUUACAAAUGGUAUGACGAAAAUGUAAGGAGUACAGAGCCUUCCUUUUUAAAGGCGCUGUGUAUGUUGCUGUCAUGUUGCGUAAAAUUCAGCUUCAGAAUUUAAAUACUGUGAUAGCUUUUCCUUUCAUUUAGAGUUGAAGGAAGUUCUAGAUCGGAAAUGUGCUAAACCCCAAAUACAUCUGCCUUUUAUCGAGGUUUCUUUUUUUCCUUGUAGAAAGGCGAGGGUGAAGAUAAAGACAAAAAGAAGGAAAUAGUUGUUCUGGAAAUGAAGCGAUCUCAAGCGAUUAACAUUGGUUUGACCAAGUUACCACCCAUCAGAGCUUUGAAGCAAGCUAUUCUGGCGAUGGACAGCGCCGUAAUCGAUAGGGAGGGGAUUGAUGUAAGUAUUAUUACGAUCAUGCAACGCUAUCUGUUAAUUUACCUUGCAUGAGAAGCUAUCGUGAAGUACACCAUUUUGUUGUAGGUGAAGUACUACGUCUGUGAAAUUUCAAAUUUAUUCCUAGGCUGAAUACUUUUCUAUUCGCAAUGAAAACAAGACGACCGUUUCAAUUUCAGAGCAGCUGUUAAGGUAUCAAGCAGUUCUGUCAGUGUAACCGCAAAUUUUCACACUACGCUUACUGGAUGUAAUAAAAGAUGAUAAAGGGGCUCUUUCAUACCCAGUCAAUCAACCUGACAAUGCUUGACAGAUGCAAGAAAAUUCGAAUCGAACGAGCUUCUUCAAAAUUACAGUUGAGUCUCUCUCUAUGGACAGUUUCUUUGUUCUUUUCAAAUUCUCCACUACGCAUUUUUUUGAAUAGGUAAGAACCCUCAAAACGAUUAGUAAGUCGUUCUUAUUUGUUUUUCUCAGUGUUUUAUGAUGUCCAAGGUCCAGUUGUAUAACGGCCGGAUAGAGCUAUUCAACGGAUAAAUCGCUAUCCCGCGGAUAAGUGAUAACAAAACGUAUAGCGUUAUCCACCGCAUGGAGAUUAAUCCUUGGAUAGCGUUAUCUGACCUUCGAACAACCGGGGCUAGUUGGUUUCACUGAUGAAGUGUUAUUUUCUUUCUGUAGAAAUUGCUCCAGUUACAACCAACGGCGGAAGAGAAAACCAAGAUACAGGAGGCUCAUAUGUCAAACCCAGACGUGCCUUUGGGGACAGCUGAGCAGUUCCUGCUAACAAUGUCCUCCAUUAACGAACUGGCGCCACGUUUGCAUCUGUGGGCCUUUAAACUUGACUAUGAUCAGCUAGAAAGGGUGAGAAAUCGUUACGACCGAAACGAAGGAGAUUUUUUUUCACCUCACUCAAUGCUUGGUGAUAAUUCAAGUCAGACUGAAGUACGGUGUUUGAUUGAUUUUCAGGAGGUAGCGGAGCCUCUAAUGGAUUUAAAGGAGUCUGUACAAGAACUGCAUAACAACGACACCUUCAAGCAUAUAUUGGCCACUCUCCUUGCAAUUGGAAACUUCUUGAAUGGAAAAAAGGUACUGAACUUAAAUUUUAUGUGAUCUUUAAAAAGAAAAUUUAACAGAAUUUAACCAAGAGUGAAUUUGUCCUAAAUUUUGUGCAACUUUAGUUUCGUUUGUCAUUCAAUUCUCAGUGCAAUGUGAUUCAGACUGUUGUUGAUUUGAUUACAGGUGAAGGGGUUCCAGUUGGACUAUCUGGCAAAAGUACCAGAAGUGAAAGACACAGUGCACAAGCAGUCGUUGUUAUAUCACUUGUGCUGUAUGGUGAUGGACAAAUUUCCAAACUCCACUGAUUUUUAUAGUGACUUAGGAGCCUUACAUCGCAGCUCUAGGGUACGUGAUCUGAUAUAGCUUUUUGUUUGAGUGACUGUCAGUCCGGUGGUUGAUUGAUCAUCGAAGUUCGUACUGAUUGAGCUAACGAGCGAGUGGUACUUUUGCAACUGAGUGCCUGACAAGACUGCUCGUCAUUUCUGACUGAAUGACAGACAGACAGACAGACAGACUGACAAAUCAAUAAAGAGGGCAAGUUUAUUAAGAAAUUGUGGAGCUGCUUCAGUAGGGAAGUGUAACAUGAUAAUUCAGUUUUAUCGUCUGAGUUGGUAAUGUGAGUUGGCAACCCUAAAGAGUUGCUAAGCUGACGUUUCGAGCGUUAGCCCUUCGUUAGAGCGAAAGACCUCCCGUUUUACUGAGCUUCUAUGUGUAGUUAUGUUCUGUGAGUUACCUUAUCUUAUCAUCGACGUUUCAAUAAUUGCUCGUAUUGUUUUUGCGUUAAGGUGGACUUUGAUGUGGUGAUGGAUAACUUAAAGAAACUGCGUGAAAACUGUAAAAAGUCUUGGGAAUACUUGAGUAUUGUUGCCAAACAUGACAGCACCAAACAACUCAAAAGCAAGUAAGUCAAAGAGACCACGAGUUUUAAAAAAAAACCUUCGAGCCAGUGUGAUGUGAUAGUAAGCUAAUGAGAUAGCCAGCUUUACAUUUUUAUUGUCAUUGCGCAUCUUUUAAGAAAAUAAUAGAGCUGUUAAGUGUUGGUAACGCACUACCAAUAUUCACUUUAAAUAGACACAUCGACAGGUAAUACAGGCGCGAAAUACAGAGUUAAGUACGCAUGCCGCGGCUUUCUUUCAUUAUGUUUUGCUUCUAUUCAAUGUUUUCUUUUUUCUCGUUACUGCGUAAGUAGUUUUCACACCAAAUGUCGCACGACUUUAGUCAAAAAUGUCAAAUUUUGACUUAAGUUAGUUGUAAAAAUAGGAAGAAAGUUUUUUGUAUUGGCUAUGACUUUUUAAUUUAUGGAAGAGAAAGUUUAGCUUGACUGGUUAAACUGCCGCUCUUUUUCUAGAAUGAGUGAAUUUUUAGCAGACGCUCAGGAGCGGAGCACAAUCCUCAAAGUUGUCCACAGACGGGUCAUCAACAGGUAAGACACAUCUCUGAUCAUGUGCUCUCUAAUUUUCACAAAAAUUUAAAAAAUCGAUCAGAAAAAUCGUGCAAAGCACUCGGAGGAAAUAAUCGACACAAUUCUUCACGGCUGAAGAUGAAAAGCUACGACUUUAAACCAGAAUUACACACAGAAAUACAUAUUUUGAAGGUGUGCAGGUAACGCACAUAUUUAUUUCAAUUCAUACUUUGCCUGAGGGGAUACUUCGAAACCAGUACAGUAAUUCUCUUGGCAUAAACUUGGGCGCCCGUUUAUCAAUUAUUAUUUUCAUGAUUGUUUUUUAAAGAUUUCACAAGAUGUUGUUGUACCUUGGACUACAGUCAAGCGUAGCGAACAAGACCAAGGUAACAUGGCAUGGGGAGUAUGUGUUAGUUUGUUGAGCGUUAUUUGAAGUCACACAGCUCGGAAUUUAACCGCUAACGUUGAUUUUGGUAUGCUGGCAAAUGAAGAGUUUACUUCAAUUGUCAACGUCAUUAUGUUUUACCAGGUGAACGAGUUUUGCAAGAUUAUCAGUGAGUUUUCUUUGGAAUACCGAACCACCAGGGAACGCGUGAUUCAGAUGAAGAAGAAGAAAGAGAACAUGAGGGAACGUAGCAAGACGAGAGGAAAGCUUAUUACAGAAACAGAGGUAACGACUUACAUUUAGACCUAAUACUUUAAGAACUACCAUUAGUGUAAGAGAAGAUAACUAUAUUUUAGUAGAAAUAUUUCUUGAUUAUAUUGUCAUAAAUUCCCCGUUCGUUUUCGUUGUUCCCAGUCUUACUCAGUAGCCGCCAAGGUAUCCGCUGAGGAAAACAUAGAAGCGUUUCGUAAAGCUCUCAUAUCUAACGGCGAUGAAACGGAUAACGCAAGAGAGAAGUUGAAAAGCGCCACACUGCCGGGAACACGAAACAGGAUCAAGAGCGCUGGUCCCUCUCGCACUAAUUCUGGCAUACAAACACUAGAUGAAUUUCAAGACGACACUACUGAUGAAGUGAUCAACACGCUGGCCAAGUCGGCGACAGUUCCGGAUUCAAGAACAAGACAGGGAAGAAAGCGACCCAGGGCUUCCAAUAGAAAAUCAGGUUAGUAAGUUAGCUGAUUAGGAGGGCAAUAGAGGGAAAGCACAUAGUUUUGGAGCCGAAUGUUGCCGCCACGAUUUAGUGUGUACGUAGAGUUAUUUGGUCAUAGGGCAAUUAAAAAAUGCAGUGCAGUGCGUUUGAAGGGAAGAAGUAGCUCGGCUUAUCUUCUCGUACAAUAAUCGAACGUGGCUUGAAGAUUAUCUGGCCCGCGUCGCGAAUCAUUGUGACGUGUUUUUAUACAGUGCCUCUCUUUUUCAGUGAGAGAAAAUGCAUGGGGACUUAUUAACUACGAGCAUUCCAUUCUGAAAGAGUAGUAAAGCUCUAUCGAAAACCAGGAUUAAUCUUUUCUCACAUUUAACUGGUUUUUUUUUUUUUUCACAGCUCGAAGGACACUUAAGAGUGGUAUUAGUCCUGAAGAUAUUGAAAAGCUAACUAAACAGUAUAUGAAUAAUAUGGAAACCAAAUGACCCUUGUUAACUUAAUUUAAACAGAAUUUAUCAGUAAUUAUAUUUUUUACAAAGAAAUAGUCUUAUUGGAUACUUCGAUGCAAGGCAGGCUGUUCAACACGUGGAUUCAUGAAGGGUUGUUUUGUAGCGACGGUGAACGAGUAGUGAAAUCUGGAUAUUUGUAUAUAGAAAUUGUGAGUUUUAGGGCAUUGUAAAGUUUAUUUCUCUUCCCAUGUUGGUAUCAACAACGAAUUGUAGAUUUUGACCAACUAACGGUGGUGUAGUUGAUCCGUCUUCAUACUACUGGUACGUUCCUCUUGUAAUAUAUUUCCAUCAACUAAAACUUCCAGCAGAAUAGUUUGAGCUACCACGGAUUUCCUUUUCUCUGUAAAGGUAAACAAGCAAUGUUUUGAUGUCAGUUUUUACUACUUUUAUUCUCUUACAAAGUAUAUUUUAACAAAUUUGUAAUUAUAAACAGUCCUAAGAUUUUUUCUAAAUAAUGACUAAUACGUUUCACUGUCGUUUGCGAAUUCCGCGUAAUUUCAUGACUUGCACUGAACUUGAAUUGCACAUAAACUAACUGAUCACCCAAACAUUGUUUUGAUCUUUUUCUCUCCUGAUUUCCACGAAUGAUCAGUAGUAGAUUCUCCUCACAAAUAUUGCUACGAGCUCUAAAGUAUACCAAAUAAUCAGUGAUUGUAGGGGGCGUAUAGCUGAGUAUCACCUGAGCUUCUAAGUUGACAAUUAGGCAGCCGUCCUCUAUAAGAAAGCAUCACCUUCUGUCGCUGACGAUUUAUCGGAGAUUGUUUGUGCUUUGUGAUUCGUUUCCUUGGCGGUAAUUUUGUAUAUUUUUUAGGGAAUAAUUUGUCCUUGUUAAUAAUGAACUAUGUUAAAUGUGCAGUAUUUCCUUUCCGGUCACAAGCAGGUCUUGUUGUCCUGACUUCAAAUGGAUUCUAUAAUAAUACUGCCACAUAACAUGAAAAUUCUACAAUUGUUGCUUCUUGUUUGAAGAAUAUUAAUUACUUUGGUAGUAAAGAAACCAAGGAGUUAAAAGAUACGGGGUACACCUAUUUAGAACUGGGUUGUUUUGUAAUGAUACGUAUGCUGUAGAAUUUUAUCUUUGU